AUGAGUAUCAAUGGAAAUAGAAAGAGAAUAAUAGAGGAGGAUGACGAAGAUGAAAAUGAACAUUCCAAUAACAAUAACAAUGUUAACAAUCAGAGAAGAAGAUUAGACAUGCAACCAACACAGAGUAGUGGUUCCACACCUGCACCGGCAUCACAGAACUACAUUACGGUACCACCCGCCAAAGUCUAUAUGGAGGGUAGUAUCGUUCGUGUCAAACUGACCAACUUUGUCACAUACACAGAGUUGGAGUUUGUUCCUGGUCCGCGUCUCAACGUCAUCAUCGGACCGAAUGGCAGUGGUAAAUCAUCGAUUAUCUGUGCGUUGGCACUCGGUCUCGGUGGUGGACCGGCACUGCUCGGUCGUGCCAAACAGGUGUCACACUUUAUCAAGCACGGUGAGGAUCAUGCUAUCAUUGAGAUCGAGCUGUACGUGCAGACCGGAAACAUCGUUAUUCAGCGUCUCAUUCGUAAGGACAACUCCUCAGAGUACAGAGUGAACCGUAGCAAAGUGACAGCGAACGACCUGCACGAACUCAUUCGUAAACACAAGAUUCAAGUCGACAAUCUCUGUCAGUUCUUGCCACAGGAUAAAGUAGUCAGUUUCGCAGCGAUGACACCGACCGAGUUGCUUCAGGAAACAGAGAAAGCAAUUGGUUUACACGAUCUCUAUGAGAAUCAUAUGAAGCUCAUUGAAGAGAGAAAGAAUGUAUUACAAAAGCAAACUCAAUUCUCUGGACAUGAGGGUAUUUUAGAGGAUUUAAAGAAACAGAAUGAAAGUUUAGAGAAAGAGGUAGAGAGAUUCAAACAGAGAAAGGAAUAUCUUCAAAAGGUUGAUCUAUUCCAAAAGAAGAGACUAUGGGUGUUGGUAGAUAUCGCACAAAACGAAGUGAAUGAAGCCACUCAAGCCAGAAACGAAAUAGAUGGCAGAGUUAAAGCUCUUGAAAAAGAGAAAGCACCAUUACAAAAAGCAGGAGAUGUAUUAAAAGGUAAUAUAGAGAAAUUAGAUCAUGAAUCAACUAAACAUAGUACGGAUGUCAAAAAGACAGAACAAGAGACACAGAGAAAGAGUGCUGCCAUUGAAAAGUAUAACGAUCAAAUAGAUAGCUUUCACAACGAGUUGGAUAACAUACAGAAGCGUGCUGAUGAAAGAUUGGCAAAGAUUGCACUAGCCAGACAAAAUCAACAGAAUUUGACGGAGAAUAUCAAUAAUUUACCAAAUGAAGAUGUUACUCGUGCUAAAAUUGAAGAGAAGAAUAAGACAUUGAGAGAGAUAAAUGUUCAACAAGGACAGAUAAGAUCGGAUAUUUCAAAUGCAAAGAACUAUUUGGAGACUUUGAAUAUGGAGUUGAGACAAGUGAAUGGUGGACUCGAUGCACUUAGUAAUAUCAAUGCAAUCAAGUUGGAAUCGUUGCGACGUAAUGCAAAGAGUGUCUUUGAUGCCUAUCAGAACAUCAAGAUGCGUUUGAAGGAUAGAUUCAACAAAACAUUCGUGGUAUCAAUUCUUUUGUACUUGCCGGACGUCAAUACCAACUGGGGACGUGACUAUCAAAUCGAUAAUCUACAACAGUAUGGUGUGGAGUGCUUCUUGGACCAGACAUUCGAGGCCGAUAAGCUCAUCAAGGAUGUACUCGUAAGCACCAUUCCACUGCAAAACAUCGCUGCUGGAACCAAAGCAUCGAUCGGCAAAGAAGAAGAACUGCAUCGUAAGACUGGAAUCCAAGGUUUUUUCACUCCAGUCCGUUCCUACAAUUACUCACAAUCGCGUUACGGUGAUAAAAACACAAUAACAAGAAUCACCGCACUUAAAGAUGCUAAACUUUUAUCACAAGGUGAGAAAAACAAUUUGAAUCGUAAAAAGCAAGAGAUUGAAGGAAGAUUAACUGAAGCAAAAUCUGCACAUUCAAAGUUGCAAGAUCAAGAGCAGGAAAUCAAUAGGCAGGUAAAGAUGAUUCAUACUGAGAGACAAGAGCUCCAGUCUUUGUUGGACGAGAGAAAGAAACUCUACAGUAAACUCCAUCAUCUUAAUAGACAGAUCGAGGAUAUGUCGGUUGAGGAGAAUACCGAUCAAAUGAAGGCUGACAUUAAAAAGAAGAUUCAAAAUGCACAUCUCCAUAGAGUCAACAACAUCAGAGAGGUCACCAAUUUCCUGCUACAGAUUGGUAUGUCCAUGUCGCAACGUGAUCUCGUCACUUUGAAGAGAAGUAAAGCAGAGGCCAAAUACAGAGUGGAAUGCGCUGCUCUUGAGAAUCUGAUUAGACAAAUCAAUGAUCUUAAAAUCAAUCUAAAGACUGCUAUUGACCAGUUUAAUGUUGCAAAGAAAAAGUUACAAGGUGCAACAGAAGUAGCUGAAAGAGAAGCUCCGUUUGAUGAUUAUGCAGAUAUGUUUGAAGGUAUGCCUGAUGAUAUAGAAGAGAUUGAUGAUGAAAUCGAAAGCUAUAAUGAAAAGGCAAGACAAAUAGGUAAUACCGAUCCUAAAGUUAUGCAAGAUUACGAAAAUAGACAAAAGGAGAUUCAAACUCUUACCAAUAAAAUCGGAAAUCACAAGGCAGCGUUGGAAGAGUCACAGGCAAGAAUGGAGGAGCUCAAGAGCGAAUGGCUCAUUCCAGUCAGAGAGUUCAUUGCCGAUAUCAAUGAGAAGUUCACACAGUUCUUUAAGGAGAUCAGGUGUAUGGGUGAGGUCUUGUUGGGAUACAACGAGAAGGACCCAGAUAACUUUGAGCAAUACAGUAUUGAUAUCAGAGUUAGAUUCAGAGAUGAAGAUCCAAUGCAAUCACUUACUGCUCAUUUACAAUCUGGUGGUGAAAGAUCAGUUGCCACUAUGUUGUUUUUGAUUUCACUACAAGGUUUAACAAAUUGUCCAUUUAGAGCGGUAGAUGAAAUCAAUCAGGGUAUGGAUCCAAAGAAUGAACGUAUGAUUUUCGACCAGAUUGUAAAGUCUGCCAACAAACCAGGUAGACCUCAAUACUUUUUGAUUACACCAAAGCUUUUACACGACUUGGAGUACUCUAAAAAUACUACUGUUCUUUGUGUAUACACCGGUCCAUGGCAUGUCAACCAAUCGGAAUGGGAUAAGAUGUUAAAGAAAUGUAUCGAAGCAAAAUCAAAAUCAAAAUAA